ACGCCGGGAGGGGUCCUCCGGAGCCUCCCCUCGACUCCCUCCGGGGUGCUUCCCUCGCCUUCCUUUCAAGUGCAGUGACAAGGCCAGCCCUUCCAGGGGUUGGGGGUGGGAAAGUGGGGCAGACAGAGGAAGCUCGUGAGUGGGGAUAGUUCGAGGGGGGGGGCACCUACCUUCUCUGUGUCUCACCCAGCCACCAGCACCACCCCCAGCCCAGUUAGGAGGUGCAAAACCUGAGGCUGCAGGAGUAGGCCCUUUCUCGGGCCCAGCGAGAAGUCUGGGCCCCCUGUGGGUUAAAGAACCGUUUCUUUGGAUUUGGAGAGUCAGGGACGAAAGGGCUUAAGGGGGCCCUAGUACUGUUUCCCCCCCCUUAAAAUACCUUAACAUCGAAGAGGAGGGAGCCAGAAUUUGCCCCUUUCGGGUGCUUAGGGGUGAUCGCUGUGUCUGCCAGGGUCAGCUCAGAGGAGGAGGUGAGAAACGGGUUAGCACACAGAUGCAGUUCAACUGGGAUACAUUGCAGUGGGAAACAGGCCUUUUCUGUAUAACGCUGGUUACUGCUUUAUGUGGUGUUUUUUCCUUUCAUUUUUCUCCAUCUCCUUUUUUCCCCCCUGAGUGUGUGUGUACACAUGUGUGUUUGCAGUAUGAAUCGGUCUGUGUUGCUGAAAGGGAACUCUUAAAAUUUGAGGCAGUGGCUAAAUGUAAUAGAUGUGAUAUUGCUGUUUUUUAAAAAAUGUUUUGAAAUGUGUCGUGCAUCUAUUUGGGUCAGGAUAUAUGGACUAUUGUGCGCUCCUUAUCAUUUGUGUACUUAUGAUUACACAGAGGGAAGGAGUUUUGAAAUUUUCAUAGAACUGUGUAGUUAUUUGCCGCCUGUGCAAUGAAGUUCUCCUGUUUUAAUAUAAAAAACACGGAAUACUAUUAGAUUGCCAUCCUAUGCACACUUGGUGGGAAUCAAUUUCCAAGAAGCCAUGUGUAGGAUUGAAUGAAAAGCCAUGCUUCUUCCUUUUAGCAACAGCUUAUGUGUAAUGUCAGUUUCUACAACUUCCUCAUGUCCACAUAUUGUGAACUUACUGUUUUCUUUUGCCCUUUCCAAAGAACCAUUAGAACAGAGAAGAAAUUAUAAGCAUACUGUAGUCUUAAUCUCAAAACUCUUGACUGUCGAUGUGUAUAUUCUCACAUCUAUAAAGCAUUCAGAACACUGACAAAUAUGGGUAAUAUAUUAAAGCAUCCUGUACAAGCCCUGCCAAGGGGGAUAGGGUGACAGUUAUCUUGAUAGUUCACAAGGUCCAGCUCCUGGCGUGUCAAGUUAAAAAGAUCUCAGGCAGCACAGCUAGGAAAGGCACUUGUCUGUGACCUUGGAAGACUGCUGUCAGUCAGCAUAGACCACAGUAGAUUACGUACACCUUGAUGUAUGAUAGUCACAGGUUUAGCAUUAUUAUAAAUAAGGUUUCUGUCAGUUUAUAACUUUUUGACAGAUAUGUUUACGAGACAGUCCAGUGUUUAAAAUUUGUUAUAUUUUCCCGCUCCACAACUUUUUUGUGCAAAUUGACUUGAUUAUGGGAUGAGAACGGAACACCUUUCCCCCUGUAGAAUGCAAUAUAACAUUUACUUACAGAAUUAAGGAAUUAGUUAAGAUAUCCAACAACCAUGCAGUGCAUCAGCACAGAUCAGGAGCUAGUGUAAAUUAACACAGUUUAAGUGUAGUUGAACUUUUCCACUUACACGAAAUUUUACAAGUGCUUUUUUCAGAGAGCUGAGCAACCUGUGAGAUAUUGCUAGACUACAACUCCCAUCAUCCCUGGCUGCUGAUACAAGUAUCAUAUUCACUAUCCAGAUUUGCAGGUUGAGAAGAGUUUUGAACUGACACAGAAUUUUAGUUGGAUCAAUGAACAAUCAUUCAAACUACUGUAACGUAGCGUGCUGAAUGGAUGAUUACAUUGUGAAUCAAGCAAAGAAAGCAAUAGAUGCCUGCUAUACAGGUCCCUUUAUAAAUCAGUGUAGGAAACCUGUGCCUCUUCAGAUGUUGCUGGUACACAACUCACAUAAGAAUAUAAGAUGAGCAUGCUAGAUCAGUCCUGUUGCCCAUUUUAUCCAGCAUUCUGUUCUCACUGUGCAACCAGAUGCCUGUGGGAAGCCUACAAGCACAACAUGAGCAGAACAGCACUCUGCCUACCUGUGAUUUCCAGCAACUGGUAUUCAGAGACAUAAUGCCUCAGAGCAUGGAGGUAGAACAUAGCUGUUAUAGCUAGUAGCCCUUGAUAGCCAUGUCCUCCCCUUGCCAAUCCUCUUUUCAAGCCAUCCAAGUUGGUGGCCAUCACUGUCUCCUAUGGAAGGAAGUUUCAUUAUUUAACUAUGUACAGCAUGCUUUGUGCAGGGGGCACAGAUUGUUUUUAUUCAUGUUCCUGCAGGGUUAACAGCCACUUGCCACGAUUGCUAAAUAGAACCUUCAUGUGCAGAAGCAGUUUGUCCUUGAAAACCAGGUGCUGGGGCAAGCAGGAGACAACUGUCUUUUUAAUGUCGUAUUUAUAAGCUUUCAGAAACAUCUACCUGGGCCUUGCUGGAAACAGUGCUGGACCUUCUGAUCCAGCAAGGCAAUAAUAUUUAGAAGCACACCAUGCUUUUAAAUAAGCUUCAGACCACUGCUUCCUGAUACACUCUUUCACACCAGUAGCUUUCCCCCCCCCCCAAAUACAUUAAUCUAUUGUCCAUUUCUUCAUAACUUUUACCUAGUCCAGGAAAUUGUGUUCACAGGUAGCUAUGCUUGUUCCUGAAAAGCUGCUUCCCUCUCUCCUUGCAUUGGAGAUAAAAGUUAUCAGCAAGAGAGCACCAGUCACUUGUUAGGUAGGUGUAGUAGCAGUGGAAAAGCCCUCCUCACUUUCCCCCUAACACAGCAUGAACUGAAAGUAUAUUGGAUAGGGAGAACUAAGCAUGUUGUUGGAUGGCAUUUAUUUUUCUUCCAUGCAAUUGACUUUUCUUGCCAUGUUACAAUACAUGAGGACAUAGUUUGGGUGUGUAGAUGUUUGCUGUAGGGUCAUUAUAGUAGAUAAAAUUAUUUGCAAGACAGGACUUCAACGGGUUAAGAAUCCAUUUCUGUUUACUGGUGAUGCGGUGAUGUACCAAAGGGAUAUUUGAUGCUGUCCUUUCGAAAUGGAGGAGGAAACUGUUUCUCAAUCGCAGCGGUUGGAUUCUGAAAUAAGUAUUGAACAUCAAGUGUGUGUAUUUGCCCUCAAAAGGUGGAAUUUGCAUAGUAACAGCUUUGCUUUCCACAGAUCAGUGAGCAUGCUUUAAGGAAAACUACAUUGCAGAGGCUUUUAAACAAAGCUAUACAAACUUUGAGUCAUUUUACAUAUAUGACUUUAAAAAGCAGUAUACUGUACUUCCCAAAACAAACUGACAUUCAUCGGAUAACACAAAACUUUAAACAAAUGAUAAAGGAGCUUGUAAAAGCAUUAAACAGGAGAAUAAAUUCUAAUGUUAAUGUCUCUAUCAAUCAUGAUUUGCACAGGUUUGCAUAAUGUUAUCUUCAGAAAAGGGAUGAGUUGAUGGCUUUCGUUCCUCUGAAAUGUGAUAGAUAGUGCCAAUAUGCAUUGGCUAAAUUUAUGCCUAACUUCAAACCCUUGUUCCUGUAACUCUUCCAGAACACCACACUUUGCCAUCUGCAUGCAUUCAACUUUAGUCUUCAUCCCCAACCAAAACCUAGCGCAAUACCUAGAUGUGUCUACUCAUAAGUAAGUCCCACUGAGUUCAAUAUGGGUGUAGGAUUGCAGCCAUAGCGUGUAAAACUCACUUUGAUGCCUCUUUCUCUUUGUUGUCUGAACUUCUACACUGCUGAAAUCUAAAUUUGUAAUCUCCUUUUCACAGGGAUCUUUAUGUUUUGCUUCUGUUUCUUUGGAAAGUUCACAUACACUUAUAGUUCCACAUUAAUAACUAGUGAAAUGUUUGUUGCUACCGGUGUGGGUGGGGGUUGUCCAUUUUGAGAGAGGGAUUCUAUCAGGCAUCCCCAAACUCUACCCUCCAGAUGUUUUGGGACUACAAUUCCCAUCAUCCCUGACCACUGGUCCUGUUAGCUAGGGAUGAUGGGAGUUGUAGUCCCAGAACAUCUGGAGGGCCGAGUUUGGGGGUGCCUGGAUUAUAUAUUUAAAGAGGUGCACCAUGCCUUCCUGCAGAAUCCUUGUCACCAAAUUCUAGACAGCUAAGGAUGGAGGGACAAGAUUUUAACUUUCUGUAAUCGUUUGUGUAGGUGACACACUUUCUUUUCCCAAGGAAAUGAAUGUCAAUCAUGCCAUUAUAGCAGAAGGUAAAAGGAUGCAUUCAGAGACAUCACCAGGGAAUACUCUGAAGACAGCAACUCUGAACCAAAUGUGGAUUUGGAGAAUCAGUACUAUAACUCUAAAGCCCUGAAGGAAGAUGACCCCAAAGCAGCGCUCAGCAGUUUUCAGAAGGUUUUGGAGCUUGAAGGUGAAAAGGGAGAAUGGGGAUUCAAAGCAUUAAAACAGAUGAUAAAAAUAAAUUUCAAAUUGACUAACUUUCCUGAAAUGAUGAACAGAUAUAAACAACUAUUGACAUACAUACGGAGUGCAGUUACAAGGAAUUAUUCGGAAAAAUCCAUCAAUUCGAUUCUUGAUUAUAUCUCCACUUCCAAGCAGAAUUCUGAUUUUUUAUGCCAGAUGGAUUUGCUUCAGGAAUUUUAUGAGACAACACUUGAAGCUCUGAAAGAUGCUAAGAAUGAUAGAUUGUGGUUUAAGACAAACACAAAGCUUGGCAAAUUAUAUUUAGAACGAGAAGAGUAUGGGAAACUACAAAAGAUUUUGCGCCAGCUCCAUCAGUCAUGCCAGACUGAUGAUGGAGAAGACGACCUUAAGAAGGGUACUCAGUUAUUGGAAAUAUAUGCUUUGGAAAUUCAAAUGUAUACAGCACAGAAAAAUAAUAAAAAACUUAAAGCACUAUAUGAACAGUCAUUGCACAUCAAGUCUGCCAUCCCCCAUCCACUGAUCAUGGGGGUCAUCAGAGAAUGUGGUGGUAAAAUGCACCUAAGAGAAGGUGAAUUUGAAAAGGCACAUACUGAUUUCUUUGAAGCGUUCAAGAAUUAUGAUGAAUCAGGGAGUCCAAGAAGAACCACUUGCUUAAAAUAUUUGGUCCUAGCAAACAUGCUGAUGAAGUCUGGAAUAAAUCCAUUUGACUCUCAGGAGGCAAAACCAUACAAAAAUGAUCCAGAGAUUCUAGCAAUGACAAAUUUAGUAAGUGCCUAUCAGAAUAACGACAUCACUGAAUUUGAGAAGAUUCUGAAGACAAAUCACAGUAACAUCAUGGACGAUCCCUUCAUAAGGGAACACAUUGAAGAACUUUUGCGAAACAUCCGAACACAAGUGCUUAUAAAAUUAAUUAAGCCUUACACAAGAAUACAUAUUCCUUUUAUUUCUAAGGAGUUAAACAUAGAUGUAGCUGAUGUGGAGAGCUUGCUUGUGCAGUGUAUACUGGAUAACACUAUUCAUGGCCGAAUUGAUCAAGUCAAUCAACUCCUUGAGCUGGAUCAUCAGAAGAGGGGUGGAGCACGGUAUACUGCAUUAGAUAAAUGGACCAACCAACUAAAUUCUCUCAAUCAGGCCGUAGUCAGCAAGCUGGCUUAACCAACAACAGGCAAUUACAAAAUGUACUUAAGGCAACAGCGCAGUGAUGUAAACCUUAAAAACUGGGAAUGGCAAAACUACUGUCGGUUGGUGUGCCCUGAAAUUAUUGGAGUUAAUGGCAGAAGUGCUUUUUUGAUCAGCUGGUUUGUGUUUUGCUGCUGCAUUUAUCCCAAGAAAAAACAGCUUUAAUCUCCAGAAGAAAACCAAAUGCCACGGGAUUUAUGCUGUGUUGACAUCUUGCCCUCACCACGCAACACCCUAAUAAUUUGUCAAGGGGCAACAGAGCGAAGGUUUUGUUUGUCAUGAUUUUAAAUACACUGACACGUUCCUGUUGGUUUAAAUUUAAACAUGUUUUACCUGCAGAAAAAAGAAAUCUCACAAAAAAAUAACCUGCAAUAACUUGAAAUGCAUACCCCUUUUGAACACUUCCUUUUUCUCAUGUAUAAAUCAAAAUGUUUGCUGCAUUUUGCAAAAUGUCAAUUCUCCAAAAAUGUGUCCGUAUAUUUCUGUACCUGCAGUGUAGUAAAGGUUUAGAAGAAACCCCGUAAUUAUGGUGGCAUACUGUCACUUAGGUUUCAAGCAGCAAAAAUAAACAGUGCAGUUCAGAAAUUGUACAGUUUUUGUUUCUUGAUGUGUUUUUCGUUAUGUGGCUGGCUUAGAGAUUCAGGGAGAGUGUUGUUGCUUUCUGUCUGUAUUUUGAAAGCACUCUGAAGGUCAGGGGCACCAUCUAUGAAGCUCUGCUGCUAAACAACUGCAAUCUGUCAAAGGGGCUUAUGUGAAACUUCCACACAUGCCACAUUUUCUUAGUGCAAGCCUAAUACUGCCUGCUCCGUGGCUAGUCAGUCAAGAGCACUCCACUGGCAUCUUCCCUUUCAGUUUCAAAGAAGAAUGUUCUUGCUAACCAUAGUUAGGGUCAAACCACAUUUUGCAGCUGGAGUUGGAAUGGGUUUGUAGACUGGCUGAACUAAAUUUAAUUAAUGAAAAUACAAGUGCAGAUGUAAUCUUAACCAUAUUAGCCAGGCAUCCCUAAACUUCAGCCCUCCAGAUGUUUUGGACUACAAUUCCCAUCUUCCCCAACCAACGGUCCUGUUAGCUAGGGAUCAUGGGAGUUGUAGGCCAAAACAUCUGGAGGGCCGCAGUUUGGGGAUGCCUGCUAUUAGCUCUGAAACUGAAAGGGAGGUGGGAAAUAUCCACAUUGGGUUGCAAACCUGUGGGAUACGCUUGAUUAUCUAAUGUGAUUAGGUAAUUGUGCAACAGUUUAGCAGGCUGCACCUAUUAACUUAAAUGUUGCACGCGUGUUUAAGUAUUACUCUUUGGUAUUUAUAUGCAAAUGCUAUUGAUCAAGCAUUACCAAUUUAACUGUUUGCUAAUGUACAACCCUUUCUUAAGAGUGUCAUAGCCACUGUUUUGGCACAUUGCAGAACUGGAUUUUUAAAUCUUGGAUUUAGAUAAACAUGGGCUGUGGUUGAUGGGAUUGCUCAGACAAGUGGUGCCAAAUGGAAGUUUGUGGUUUUACUCUUUUUAAAAGAAAAGGGGGAGAAACUAUAAAUAAAAACUGUAGAAACUAAGACCAGCAUUCAGGAGUCAUACCUGAUGGCUAUGGAGUCAGAAUUGGUCUUUUCAUGAGGAUUUCUGAAGUGGCAGGCAGGUGGACUACAGACAGUUCUUUCACAGCCUGCCAAUAGGAAGCAGUAGAGGGUAUUUCAAAGCAUUAUUGCAGCUGAGACUGUUAGGUUUCCAUAUGGAAUCUGAUAGAAUAUGGUUAACAGAAGUAAAACUUUGAAAAUGAGUGUUGGUUGGCUUUUUGUUCUUUUCAUAGUAAAUUCCUAGAAUUUAGGGGAAUGUGGUUGUGGAAAUAUUUCUGAAAGCCUGCAGGGUGUGUCCAAAGAUGGAGUUUUUGUCCUGCCUGCCCUUGCUUCUCCUCCUCUUCCAUGUCCUGCAGCUGCUUCCCAUUCUGUAUCCUUAUGUCUUCCCUUUGUACUAGCAGCACUGGUGAAAGGAUAAUCCUGGUUCAUACAUUUUAGCUGUCUUGUGAACUUUCCCUUCCACCCUCACAUGGCAUCCCUUUUGAGAACAUGCUGGAUCAAGCAAAGUGCUGUUUUAUAACACGAUGUCUCUAAGAGGAGGAGCGCUACAGGUGAUAUGCCUACCAAGAUUUUUUAUUUUUUUGCAAUGAUGUCCCUUGCUGAUUUUGUUUUUUUAAGCUACCGCAGUCUUGAAAAUUGCAGUAGCCAUGUGUACAGCUGCCACGUAGAGGCACUGUUGCGUUCGAAUGUUGCCUCCGCAUGAUGCUGGCUAGAAGCUCACUGGUGCCUUCAUGUGCUAUAGGGCAUGUGAGCAGGACCAAAUAAUUUCUUACUGCUUGUAUAACACACUAUAUAGUAGUACAUUCAAUCCCCUAGGCCAAUAGCUUUCAAACUUCUGCCAUGGAAAUCCUGAAUGUUGCACAGCAUUCUGAAAUAGGUUCUAGUGCACAUUAAGCUCUCAAGAGGUGGUACUGUUCCACAUGAACUGAAAGUACAUUCUAGAAGAUGUCUUAACAAGGGUUCCUGGAACACAAUCACAAUGUGAAUGUCUCCUCCCCACUCUUUAAAAAAACUCACAUAGGUAACUGUGGGGUUGUUUGUUUGUUUUUUACUUGAGCUUUAAACAAUGAGGAUUUUAUUGUCCAGGGCUGAAUUACGUACUGUGUAUCCAAAUGGAUUUCCCCACCUCCUUCCAUUAAACAUUAUGCAAAUCUGGGAAAUGGCUUGUCAUUUUAGGUAGGAGCCAAAAUUUAUGUCUGAAAUCAGGUGGCUAGCUUUCUUUCAUAGAUGUUAACAAGGAGCAG